AGUAAAUUUUUUGUAGUUAUUUAUAGAAAUUUUUCCGCUAGGGUACGUUAAUACUUUUAACACUUUGUGGGAGAGACCUGCCAAGUUUAAUACAAGAAGUAAAGUUCCAAAACUUGUAAGUUUUCGCAAACUGACAGUUGGGACGCGAUUUCGACUCCAUUCCCGCCCCAGUGUCCUCACUGGGAUGGGACAAGCGCCUCGAGCAAUCAGAACUUUCGCUAAUUAUAUAUUCGUAAAGAUGCUCCCGUUUUAAUGUUCCCACUUUUAUAAUGCAUUAUAUUCUUAUUGUCACGUUUCGCCCACGUGUCGUAUCAAUGGACAACAGAAAGGAAAUUGUUUUACCGUGCGAUAAUUCGAUGGCUCGCGCAUUUUGACGAAUUCAAAAUCUCAGCUGAUCCGCGUCAGGUCAGGCUGGAUCGCGUCCGGGUGAGGUUAGGACGUCGGCCUGACAGAUGUCUUGUUUAUGUCACCUGUUGAUUCAACGUGGCCGCGAGCACCAUGAUUAUCGUAGGUCACCAUAUGCCGCGCUGUGCACGGCAUGUGUUCACCUUUCGACUGCGCUCAACGCAGCCACGGGUAUCACGGACUCGUUGACUUACUGUUGCCGCUAGCGAUAAUAGAAAGGCUUGUGAUAAGAUUGCCGCGCGGGUUCCGAAGCGUGAGAACGUCAGUCUACAGUGUAAUAUUAUCGAUGAUUCGACGAUGAUUUCAUCCCGCUGAGACAGCGUGCCGUAUCAGCCCCGUCGAGAUAAGUCGCAAACGGUAAGGAGAAUAAAAAAGUGAGACUCCAAAGAGUUUUAAGAUGCGCACGCAAUAUCUCUGCGAGAGGAGAUAUCUUAAUGAGAUAAUUGAGUUCAACGAAGGUCAAACGUAAUGACCGCAGGCACGAGUGUGGCAUAGAUUCCGUUCAAUGUUAGACCACCUGGCGCCAGUCCCGACGGUGCUGGAGCGGGAGCUCGUCGAGUCAUUUGGGCCCCGGUGACACAAUGAGGCUCCGAGUCUUGAAACAGAGAUCGGUAUUCCUGGCCGGCUGCGGGGUCGGCUUCGUUCUUCCGCUGCUGUUCGUUUUGCUGAGGAAUAUAUUCGUGGUCGAUCGGCACGCGGCGUUGUGGCGGCCUGAAUACCACUUCGAUAACAGGCCCCGUCACGAGGAGAUCGUCCUGCAGCUGUGGAAACAGGGAAACGAGACGUCCGACUUGAAUAGCGUCACGUAUUACGCUUGGUUGGUGGCGCAAAACUUGAAGAGGCACGAGAUUGACCUGGACGAGUACUUGUACGGUCCGCGAGAGGAAGUCGACGCGAGGGAGACCGGAAGCAUAGAAUGGAACUGGUUGAGAAAACGAGUAUCCGUUACGUGCGUGGUUUUCGUGGAGAAGCUCAGGCUGGGAAGGUCAAUCAAGGCGACGUGGGGCCAGCGUUGCAACAGGAUAUAUUUCUUCGGGCAUCGCUUGAGGGACGCGGAGUUGCCUGUUAUUAACACGGACGUAAAACUUGUAUCCUCCUGGCAGCUCUUGUGCGAAGCUAUGAAUUACAUUUGGAACGACGGAGCGGACGAGUUAGAGUGGAUUAUAUUUGUGAAAGACGAUACUAUCGUCAUACCGGAGAAUCUGCGCUACAUGGUCGCUCCGUUGGAUCCUAGGGGCGACUACUAUUUGGGCCACCCGGUGGUUCUGUGGAGUCAGAUUUACAAUGUCGCUCAAUCCGGAUACGUUCUUAGCAGAGGAGCGCUGGAUAAAGUAGUGCAGACGUUCAAUAGCUCGGAGAAAUGUAUUAGCGGCGGAAAGUAUUGGAAGAAAGAAGAUUAUUAUCUCGGUAAACGACACAAUGGAAAACACUUGUCGUCCAUGGGCAUACGUCCCUCCGAUACCAGAGAUCAGUACUUAAGGGGUACUUUCCACGGUUAUUCCCUGCAAAACCUACUGUGGGGUGUCGCGAGACCGGGUAGCUAUUUCACGCGUGCUGUGUACCCGAUCAAAGGAGACUGCUGCUCGCCGAUAUCUGUGACCUUCAGCGCCAGUGAGCCCGACAAAAUGCACAUGCUAAAUUACUUGUUGUAUCAGUUGCGCGUGUUGAACGGUGAGAGCCGAUUUGGUAAAAUUCCUGCUAGAGUUCCAGUACGCGAAGAGGAUGUAUGGAAGAUUGCGCUGCAAGAAGAAUUCAACAUCACGCACUUAAGUGAUAUAUCCAGCGAGGCUUAUUACGAAAUAUGGCAUUCGAAAUACUCCGAACCGGGUCAGUUGAAAGUUGCUAAAAAUUAUCGGAUGAACCCGGACACGCUACAUUGUUUACUGACGAAUUACAAAUCAGGAAAUCGAUCCGCGUUUCAUUGUAGGACUAAAAGUGCUGUGGACAGUACAAAAAACUGAAUAAGAUUUAUUAGAAUGUUAGUUUAAAAUAGUUGUUAAAAGAUGGUGACGAACGUUUGUGA